AUGGCUCGUACUAAGCAAACCGCACGUAAAUCCACCGGUGGUAAGGCCCCUCGUAAGCAACUUGCUUCCAAGGCCGCCCGUAAAGCUGCUCCCGCAACUGGUGGUGUCAAGAAGCCUCACCGUUAUCGUCCUGGUACCGUCGCUCUUCGUGAAAUCCGUCGUUACCAAAAGUCGACUGAAUUGUUGAUCCGUAAGCUUCCUUUCCAACGUUUGGUCCGUGAAAUUGCUCAAGAUUUCAAGACUGACUUGCGUUUCCAAUCUUCUGCCGUCGGUGCUCUCCAAGAAGCCGUCGAAGCUUACCUUGUUUCUCUUUUCGAAGACACUAACUUGUGUGCUAUUCACGGUAAGCGUGUCACCAUUCAACCCAAGGAUAUGCAAUUGGCCCGUCGUCUUCGUGGCGAACGUGCUUAA